GUCCAUGUUGUCAGCAGCCUCUGACCGCAAAUCUACGACUGGUUACUUCUUUCUCACCACAAACGCAGACCCACCCCCCGCUCACAUUAGCCAUCCUUAGUUCUAUCACUCUAAACUGCGCUUGCCGGUGCAAGCUCCACUCUACUUCUUACUUCCUCUAGAAGAAGCCUUUUCACGUCUCUCUGCCACCAAACCCCUUUCAUUCAUUUGGGUUUGUCUGUCUUUUCAAAUUUUGUGCCGUAGUUAUGGCUUCUCUGAGACCUACCCUCUCUCAACUUUCCCUUUCGCAAUAUAAUUUUCCCAGAAAAUCUACGUGGAACAAUCACCUACCAUGCUAUUUCCACAAAGGGAUCGCAAAGCUGCAUACUUUCACCUCUUCUAAGUCUUCCGCUUUCAGGGUCUGCUGUAGUUCCCAAGAGUCCAAUAGCCAAAACAAUGGUGAAGAGCCUCCGGAGUCAUUAUUUAUGAAGGAAUUGAAGAGGAGAGGUAUGACCCCUACAUCAUUGCUUGAUGAUUACAAACAAAGCAACUAUGAACUUGAUGAAGAGGUGUUCGUGAAUGAGGAAGAUAGAGGUUUCCCCAAAAGAAAAUCUGUCUCAACCAAUGUUGAGAGGAGUCUAGAAAAUCAGAGAGAACGAUCUAUGGCCCUGAACAGUGAAGGUCUUGAGGGCUUAAUACCUCGUGCUAAACUUCUCUUGACGAUUGGAGGAACAUUCUUCUUGGGAUUUGGACCGUUGAUCCUCAUAAUUGUUGCAACUUUUUCUGCUCUAUACUUCUAUUUUGGACCAACAUUUGUCCAUGAUGCAAGCAAGAUGGCCGUAUCACCUCCACAAUAUGUGGACCCUUACGCACUCCUAGAAGAUGAAAGGAUAUCACAGAUAGCACCCCGUCUAAACUAAAGGCAAGACUACACAUACCUCUUAGGAAUCUAGUUGCAUAUAUCAAAUUUCUGUUUUCUUAAGCCUCUGUUGAUUUAGUGCCAUUGUAAAAUAUCAUCCAGGAUCAACUUGCUGUUAUCUAUUUUCCUUUCAUCAUUGACUCAA